AUGCAUAUCCUGUCCUUGACAACAUUAGUAGCGAGUGGCGGAGACGAUGGACCAGCAUUCGUAGAUGCUGUUCAACGUUGUGACUCAGUGAAAAUCCCUCCUGAAACUACUCUUUCGAUAGCAACCAGGAUGAACAUGACCGGAUUGAAGGACAAGAAAAUUGAACUGUCGGGAACUGUGAAAUUCACAAACGAUAUGUCAUAUUGGAUCAACAAUGGUUUUUAUUUUGAGUUCCAGGACCAAAUCGCUUUUUGGAUCGUAGGUGGGAAGAACAUCCAUAUUAACGGCGGUGGGACAAUAGAUGGUUCAGGUCAGGUCUGGUAUGACGCAUUUGCCACCAACAGCACUCUCUUGCGUCCAAUCCUGCUCACGGUUUACCAAGCCACUGAUUGGAUUAACUUUGUCAAUGAAGGGCACAAUAUUACCUACGAUGGCAUCAACAUCAGUGCCGUCUCAACAUCAAGCCAUCUUGCGAAGAAUACCGAUGGCUGGGAUAUAUAUCGCAGUGACAACGUUGUCAUCAUUAAUUCGAACAUCGACAACGGCGAUGAUUGUGUUUCAUUGAAACCAAAUUCAACAAAUAUCAUUGCAUCAAACUUGUACUGCAACGGUUCCCAUGGUAUUUCCGUCGGUUCCCUCGGGCAGUAUCCCGGGGUGUACGAUAUUGUGGAAAACUUCACUUCGACCAAUGUUCAAAUGCAUAACGCCGAGAAUGGUGCGCGCAUUAAAGCCUUUGCUGGCCCUGGGGUUGGCAGUGGUAUUGUGAAGAAUGUCAGCUUUAGCUUCUUCACCGAGGCCAAUGUCGAUCACCCCUUGGUCAUUGAUCAGUGUUACGAGACUAGCGCAACAGAAUGUGCUGAAUACCCUUCCAACGUAUAUAUUCAAGACGUCACAUUUACCGAUUUCAAAGGCACUUCGUCUGGAAAAACAAAAUCCGUUGUUGCUUCGCUGGCAUGCUCGCCGGACAGCCGUUGCAGUAAUAUCAGGGUUGGCGACAUAUACCUUGAACCGCCUUCACAAUAUGGUGAUGCGACCUACUCUUGCCAGAAUGUGAAUGUCACUGGAGACGCUGCUUCCCUGUUUAGUGACUGUGCAACUACUUGAACAUAAUUGAGUAAACAUUAGUCGGUGCAGUGAAGGGUCGUGUAACAAGCUUGUCUGUCUUUGCGAGCUUGAAAAUUUGAUUGUUAG